AUGGCUGAAGUCGAGAAGGAGACCGGCCAGGUGGCCCAGCCUGAGGCCCAGCACCACAACUUCGUCGGCCUCGCCACGGCCCGCGAUCUCGAGCAAAUCGAGGCCCCCGUCACCUGGAAGGCCUACGCCAUCUGCGCGUUUGCCUCCUUUGGCGGUAUCUUCUUCGGCUACGACUCUGGCUACAUCAACGGCACCACCGGCAUCCAGGAGUUCAUCAACAUCAUGGAGGGCCCCGGCGUCAAGGCCCUCCCCUCCAGCCACCAGUCUCUGAUCGUCUCUAUCCUGUCCUGCGGUACCUUCUUCGGUGCCAUCAUCUCCGGCGACCUGGCUGAUUGGUACGGCCGCAAAUGGGUUGUCGUCAGCGGCUGCUUGAUCUACCUCAUUGGUGUCAUUGUCCAGAUGAUCCCCGGCCCCGGCAUCCACGACCCCCGUGGCGUGUUCGUCGCUGGCCGUCUGAUUGCUGGUAUCGGUGUCGGCUUCGUCUCGGCCAUUGUCAUUCUGUACAUGUCCGAGAUCUCGCCCCGCAAGGUCCGCGGUGCCCUCGUGUCUGGCUACCAGUUCUGCAUCACCAUUGGUCUGCUGCUGGCCUCGGUCGUCUGCUACGCCGUCCAGGACCGCACCAACACGGGCGCCUACCGCAUCCCCAUUGCCAUUCAGUUUGCCUGGGCCCUGAUCCUGGCCGGUGGUCUGAUCCUGCUGCCCGACUCGCCCCGCUACUUUGUCAAGAAGGGCCGUCUCGACGACGCCGCCAAGUCGCUGUCGCGCCUCCGCGGCCAGCCCGAGGGCUCCGACUACAUCCAGAUGGAGCUCUCGGAGAUUGUCGCCAACGAGGAGUACGAGCGCGCUCUGAUCCCCUCCACCACCUGGUUCGGCUCGUGGGCCAACUGCUUCAAGGGCUCGCUGUGGACCGGCAAGUCCAACCUGCGCCGCACCAUCCUCGGCACCUCGCUCCAAAUGAUGCAACAAUGGACUGGUAUCAAUUUUAUCUUCUACUACUCGACGCCGUUCCUCAAGUCCACGGGCGCCAUCUCCAACACGUUCUUGAUCUCGCUCAUCUUCAACCUGAUCAACGUGGUGUCCACGCCGCUGUCCUUCUUCACCAUUGAGCGCUUCGGCCGCCGGCCCAUCCUCGUGUACGGUGCUCUGUCCAUGCUGAUUUGCGAGUUCAUCGUCGGCAUCAUCGGUGUCACCGUCGGCUUCAACAAGACGCACCCCGCGCCGACGGCCGACGACCCGACCAACACCCUGGCCAACAACGUCUCCGCCGUCAACGCCCAGAUUGCCUUUAUCUGCAUCUACAUCUUCUCCUUUGCCUCCACCUGGGGCCCGGCUGCCUGGGUCGUCAUUGGCGAGAUCUUCCCGCUGCCCGUGCGCUCGCGUGGUGUCGCGCUGUCGACCGCCUCGAACUGGCUGUGGAACACCAUCAUCUCUGUCAUCACGCCCUACAUGGUCGGCGAGGACAAGGGCAACCUCAAGUCGUCCGUCUUCUUCAUCUGGGGCGGCCUCUGCACGGCUGCGUUUGUGUACGCCUACUUCCUGGUGUCCGAGACCAAGGGCCUGACGCUCGAGCAGGUCGACAAGAUGAUGGAGGAGACCACCCCGCGCACGUCGGGCAAGUGGAAGCCGUCCACCACCUUUGCCGCUGACCUGGCCGACAACAACCUCGUUGGUGUCAAGAACGACAACAUUGCCUAA